GUGGGUUUUUGUUAAAUGUGAGCCAAAAUCAUCACAAUUAAAAGAACCAAAGACUUAGACUACUUCAGUCUGUGUGCAUUGAAUUUAUGUAAUACACGAGUUUCAGAAUUUGACCUGAAUUACUGAAAUAAACGAACUUUUCCAAUACAUUCUAACUUACUGAGAAGCUUGUUAUAAAACACUGGUCAUACUUGAAAUUUAAAAUGUUUCCAUAAAAUGUUCAUAUUUGUUUGUGCACUAGUUACUGAUCUUUUAUCAUAUGAUUUACUGUUGUCAUAUUGCUAAUUAUUUAUUAAUGCAAGUGCUGCUAAAACCUGUUCUUGUGACAAUGAUAUGUGGUCUUUGUUUUUUUGUUUCCAGCUAUAGGUAAGCAUGCCAUUUCACAUAUGUCGUUUUGUGGGAGGGGUUGUUUCAGUAACUCAUAAAUUUGGUUUCUAAAAUUUGAGAUUAAAAAAUAUUUUUGAUCAUGAUGGAGCUCAACAUAGGCUUCAAUUCCACAUCUAACAGCACUUCCAUGGGUUCAGAGAAGAUCGCUCCUGCUGUAGUUCUGGGUUUGUGCUGUUUGGUUGGUUUGCCAAGCAACAUUGCGGUAAUACUCAUCAUUGCUCGUGAGUGGAACAGAAACCUGAGCUUUAUCUUAAAACUAAUGCUAAACCUUGCGGUCUCUGAUGCUUUGACCCUUUGCUUGGCUCCUUUUGUGCUGUAUGGAAUACUGUUUGGAUGGAAACUUGGCCUUUGGUUUUGUCAGUUCCUGUUUUUUUUGGGUCACUGUAGUCUGUAUGUUGGGGUCCUGACGGUCACCUCCAUGAGCAUCCACCGCUAUCACAAUGUCAUCAAGUCAAGAGUCACUAACAGAAUGAUACUGCAAAGACUGGAAAGACGGCACAGGCGCCUUCAGCUGAUUGGCAUCUGGUUUCUAGCUUUUGCUUUUUCCCUGCCAGUACUUUUUACCCAAGGACUCGAAGACAAGGAUGGACUUAAAAGAUGUCAGAGGAAAAUGGAGUCGCAGUCUGUAGAAGUGACUCUUUUGCUUUUUGAGAUCCUGGUUGGGUUUAUCAUUCCAUUUGUGACAAUGUUGAUGUGUUAUCUAUGGUUGGACAAAGGGUUGAGACAAAAGGCCAAGAGCUCCAGUCUAACUAGAGCUCCACAGGACCAGGAACCCAGAAACCAGGGGACAAACGUUAGGACUUACAAGAAAAGACUUGUGAUCAGCAUCGUUGUGGCUUUCUUUCUGUUUUGGACUCCUGUGCACAUUAUCAAUGUGAUUGAUAUAGUCAAAACUCUGACUAAAACAUCUCAUCCAGAUGUUCAUUCCCAACUGAAGUCCUUCCGCGAAGUAUAUGGUGAUACAAGCAAGACUCUGGCUUUGCUAAACUGCUGUCUGAAUCCUUUUCUCUAUGCCAUCUCUUCAGCGAAUCUAAUGAAAUAUUUCAGAAAGAGAUAAUUCAAAAUUUCUGAUUCAAUAAUUUAUUUUUAGUCAAAUAUAUGCUUUAAAGACAACACGCACCAAAAAAAAAAUAAGAAAUUGUUCUAAACUACCAAAAUUUGAUUUUGGCUUGUAAUAGUAGCAGAACCUUUUUUAUAAAGUUCUAUAAAGAACCAUGCUUCACAGUGUUUUAUAAUUGUAUUCAUUAAUAUUGUUUUUACCUCUCUAUCUGCCUUGUCUUAUAAUAUCUUGUAGCCUGUAGUAAAACACAAAAUAGAAAGAGGAUAUAGUAAUGAAGACUUUUUCAUUAUUAUGUAUAUAUUCUGAGUGGCAGUUUCUCACUGCAGAUGAUGACGUUGGGUGCGAUGAGUGAGGUUAGAGUUACAGUGUGUCUCCUACAUCUAUAUAAAACAUUUAUGUGUAUGAAGGCCAAAAGUAGAAAAACAAAUAGGCAGUAUGUAAGCUUCGCAAUGUAAAAAAAAAAAAAAACCUUUUGAAGAACCAUAUUUUUUUAGACUGUGGAUUAAAAAUGUUCUUACAUAGUUUACAGUAGAUGAGCACAUGCUUUUGGUGGACUCACACUAUUUAACAGCUUCCUGUGUCAUGCAUUUUAUACAGAAACAUGAUCAUAUUUAUUAACAUGAAUUGGGUGUUGUAAAUAUCAGUAUUAUACAUAAUUGCAUUUUAUUUGAUUGCUGUAAGUGUUAUU